AAUGGGAUCCACCUCAAGAUAUACAUUUACAUUUGAAAAAUUAGUAGAAGUCUCAUCUAAUGAUUUUCUUGGUCAUUCUGUGGCUGGUACUCUAUUUGUUUUGGCCUUGAUUACACACUUCUACAAUUAUCGUAAAGGUUUGGGUUUUACUUAUUGGUGGUUUUUGGUAAAUGGAUAUUUGAUACAUUUGUAUAUGGAUGGUUUGGCUGCUUAUUUUGAAUAUUCAAAGACGUAUUCAAUUAUUAUAUUUUAGUACUCAUUACUUAUAUUCUCAAAUGGAUGCAAGAUUCCUUAGAGAUGAUAAGAUGGUUGCUAUAGUAUCAAUAGGUGAGACAUUUGUUAUGGGACCAUUAUGUAUAAUAAUUGCAUUACUCUAUAAGUCUUCAAAACAAGAGCAUAAUGUAUCUAUUAAAAUAAUAUUAUUAAGUUAUUAAGAGAAGUAUUGAUCCUUGUAGUUUCAUCAUUUUAAAUAUGUGGAACAGUAGUAUUCUGUGCUUAACCUAUUUGGGCUGGCUUUAUUGAAUAAUGUGGAGCAGAAGGAUGUUUUACAUUCUCAAUUUUUAACAUAUUCUUUUUCUGGUUCUCCUUUGUGUUUUGUGAUUCUAUCUGGAUUUGGUAGCCAAUCAAAGAAAUUAUUAAAUCUUAUAAGAGAUUGGAAUAAUUAAUCAAACCCUAACAAUAAAAACUGAAGAAGAAUUGAUA